AUGGCGGCUACCGCGCCGCUGGCUCUUUUAUUUCCCAACCAAGGGGCCCCGCGCGCCAAGGCACCGACGCACAAAGCUACUCGACACGCUAGCGUAACGAUCAAGAGAGUGGCCACCGUGUCUAAGCGCGCAAAAUGCCAGACGGAGACGGACAACCAACCUCCGGGGGGAUCAGGUCAGGCUGUCCCUCCCUGCGGGGAAGGCGCCGCGGACGGAGGAGGGAGCGAUUCUUUCUUCGUCAACGAUGCACGAGACCGAGGGGGUGCGCGAGCGGCAGGAGGGGAAGAUCAGCGCGACACGAUGCGUGAGCUGGUUGACCUCUUCAAGCAGGCCUUCGCGAUAUCAACUCAUGACCAGGGGCACCGUGCCCACUCAGGCACAUCUAGCAACGAGAUUUUAGAACUGAGGCAGAGAGAAAAGAUAGAUGUACCAGCAUGGAGUGAUGACUAUCUGAAGAACAGAUCGAUCGAAGUUGCAUUGCGAGUGUUCACGAGUGCUUUUGAAGCGUGGCUGGAGAGUGAGGGACUUGCUGGUGUGAUGAGGAGUUCAGAAGUCCCUGUAGGUGCAGCUGGUGUGGAUUUGAACUGGUUGAGCAGCACGUUCGGAGAGGAGAGAGUGAAGCAAUCCAGGAAGAUUUGGACGUUUAUGCUAGCUAAGAUCACAGCACAACCCGUACAAGCCCAAAUCUUGGCAUCAGAAUCACCUCAAGCAGGGUACCGCGUGUUUCUCGAACAAUACAGCCAGGACAAGAGUCAGGAGCGACAAACUCUUGACGACGCAUGGAACGUAAUAGGCCAGAGGCAAGCAGAGAGUCUUAUGGACUAUUACGGUAGGGCAGUUGCGCUGUGGAUGAGACUUCGAUCGUAUGGUGAUAACAGGGAUGAAAAGUCGAUGUGCAGGCACAUAGUCCGGGGAUUUCUCCCAAGGUUUGAGAAAAGUAAAGACCGUCUUCUGUUUGAUUCGAUGUUGUCGAGGGGCUACGAUGCAGGAGAUGCUGAGGUUGGAAGAGCACGAGCUGAGGUACGAGCGGAGAGCUGGAGAGGCGAAGAAAGAGAUGGGCAUGCCCUCGUCGUUGCCGGCGUGGGCCGGGGCGGCGGGGCGGGGAAACCAGCCGCUGCAGGAUCGGAGCAAGGCGGACAUCGACUCCAGCAACCAAAGGGCUCGGUGCAGCCACAUCAGCAACAGCCAUCGCACUUCUGCCAGCUCCACGGCCCCAACAGCACCCACGAGACCUCCAAAUGUCACAAGUUACGCCACGAAUUCCUUGCCCACUACAACGAGUUCUGCGCAUACAUGAACGGGAGGCGGGAGACCCAGGGGUCGGUCUUCCCUCGAGGCGGAGCUCAAGACUCGGGGCGGAUGGUUGGUGGCCCAUCUCGACAGCAGCUGUACCAAAACGAACAAGGUGCGGGCUGGAGUCACUCUCCAGCGCUGCCGGGACCGCCGCGUGGGCCAGGGUCCGGAGCUGGAGGACAACUGCACGGGCGCAGCUCUUGGGGGCGUGGGUAUGGUGGAUACGGUCCUUCCCCCCCGGAGAGCCGAGGUCGUCAGGUGGGCGGCCGUGGUGGCGGCGACAUCACCUCGGGAUGGGAGGCCACGUCGGCGCCCGGAUCUACACCCAGCUGGACCUCACCACCUCCUGAGGCAGGCUACGGGUACGGGCUCGCGGCUCACGGAGUGGACCAUGGCGGAGGUCCCUACGGCAGCGCCGCCGGCGGGGGAUACGGUUUCCACCAAUUGCCCGACGGCGGAUGGCUCUACCAGCAGCAAGAAGUGAGCAACCUACCACACUAUCCUUCUGCUGCUGGACCGGACGCCCAACAACCGCGAGCCUACGAGGCCUUCGACACCCCGCAGCAGCAUCAGCAGCAGCAGCACCACGGUGCACCCCAGGCGACCUCGUCCUCCUCCUCUCACUCUCCAGCUCCAGGCGACGCUCUACCUCCAGCCGGCGAUUCCACCCUGCGUCUCUUCAUGGCACGUGGCGUGUGCCCUCGAGGCAAGUCUGAGGCCGAUUCUGGAGCUAGUGCAAUGAUUUCGAACAAAGUGGAUGCAAUCUACAACGUACGCCAUUUGGGCCCGGAUGAACAAUUCAUACAGAUUGGAGACUUGGCUUUCAUCAAGGUUGCCGCUGUAGGGAGUUUGGACCUUAGGUUUCACCAAAUCGGAGCCGACGGGAAACAGGAGGAUUUGGACUACACUGUGCCAGAAUUUUUGUUUGUACUCGGGUGUGGUUUCAACCUUUUCUCGGUGUGGAAGGUGUCCCACAAGCAUGAGCACGUGAUUACCCUCACGGGCACGAUGGACAGCUGCCGAUGGUGCUUGCCGGCGCGUGGGACGAGGGCGCCGGUGCCGAAGCAGGGGGGUGGGUACCGCGGCAAGAGGGCGCCGAACGACGUGUUCCACAUCGACCUCUGCGGCGCGUACACGGCGACGAUCGGUGGCAACCACUAUAUGCUCUUCGGUGUGGACGCCGCCACGGGAUGGAUGACCUGCUACGCCAUGCGGUUUAGGUCGGAGGCGUUAGCGGGCGUCAAGCGCAUGGUCGUGGAUGCCGCCCAGAAAGCUGGUACCGCGAUCAAGUGCAUCCGCUGCGACUGCGAUGCCCUCUGGACCAGCAGCGACUUCAAGGGAUUCUGUGCCAGCAUGGGAAUCGCGCUCGAGUACGCCCCUCCCGGCGUGCAGCAGUACAACGGCGUCGUCGAGAGCGCCAUCCAGAGGUGCCUCAAGGUGGGUGGCCAAGGCAUCCCGCCGGGCCGCCCAGGAGCUGCUUGGCCCCCCAGGAUUUUCUCGUGUCCGCGGGCUGAGUGUUCGUGGCGAUGAGCUCUGGACGGAGUCCGCAAAAGACGCCGCGCAGAAGCUGAACCAGUCAGCAUCUCCUUCCAACCCCGAGGGCGCGUCGCCGCAGGAACUCACACCGGUAAGGGAGGCCCUUUUCGCUUGAUCCCGUUCUUCCCGUACGGUUUCAUGUGGGAGCGGCCGGCGACGAAAUUGGACGACAGGGCUGUGCCGUGUUUUUUCCUCAACGCCGGGGACAACCACGCUGACGUCACGCUUAAGGUGCUCAAGGAGAGAACCGGCCACGUGUGCUACACCUCCAAUGUAGCGUGGGCGGCGCUUCCGCCGUCNGGGGGGGGGGGG